UCCACCGGCCCGCGCGCCCCGGGCCCCGCCGCGCCCCCCGCCCGCGCGGCCGCUCGCGCCCGCGCCCGCCCGCGUCCCCGGCUGCGGCCGGCCCCCGGGCCCGCGGGCGGCAGCAUGGUGGAGAAGCGCUGCCCGCUGCAGAGGGACGGCGUGUACCGCUGGUUCUCCGAGCUGCCGUCGCCGCAGCGCGUGGAGUUCCUGUGCGGCCUUCUGGACCUGUGCAUCCCACUCGAACUGCGCUUCCUCGGCUCGUGCCUCGAGGACCUGGCGCGCAAGGACUACCACUCGCUGCGCGACUCGGAGAUCAAGGCCAACAACCCGGCCGACCUGGGCAGCCUCACGAACCUGACGGACGAGGUGGUGCGCAGCAAGCUGCUGGUGUCGCUGGCGCUGCUGGGCUCGGAGCAGCGCGAGGCAGCGGGCGUGCUCUACCGCACGCUCACGCACAUCGACUCCAUCAUCCACAACUACGGGCUGCAGCUCAACGAGGGCCGCACGGGCGAUGAGUUCCUACUGCUCUUCACCAUGGCUUCCAAUCACCCGGCCUUCAGCUUCCACCAGAAGCAGGUGCUGCGCCAGGAGCUCACGCAGAUCCAGAGCAGCCUGAGCGGCGGCAGCGGCGGAAGCCACGGGAGCAAGAGCGCGCCGGGACCUGGAGGCUCUCUGCCCACCUGCCCGGCCUGCCACAAGAUCUCCCCAAGAACCGAGACCCCCAUCAGCAGUGUCAGUAAUAGCUUGGAGAAUGCACUACACACGUCAGCACAUUCCACUGACGAGCCGAUGCCCAAGAGGUCUGUCGGAAAACACUCCAAAGUGAGUGUUGAAAAGAUAGACCUGAAGGGAUUAUCACACAAGAAAAAUGAAAGAAACGUUGAAUGUUCCUUUGAGGUCUUGUGGUCUGAUUCUUCAAUAACACCGGUAACCAAAUCUUCCUCUGAAGUGACUGAAUUCAUUUCAAAGUUAUCUCAGCUGUACCCUGAAGAAAAUUUGGAAAAAUUCAUUCCUUGUUUAGCUGGCCCAGAUUCUUUUUAUAUAGAGCGAAGCCACAUAGAUCUGGAAGCUGACCUAAGGUAUUUGGCUUCAUUACCAUCUCACAUAUUAAAAAAUGACCAUGUUAAGAAAUUUUUCAGCACUUCAUCUCCCACCCAACAGCUUCAAAGUCCAAGUCCUGGCAACUCCUCAAUUUCUAAAGUUGGCACCAUGAUGGGCAUGUCUGGAAGGCCCGUGUGUGGAGUGACUGGCAUCCCAUCCUCUCAGAGUGGUGCUCAGCACCACAUGCAGCACUCAGCCAAUGCAGCUGCUAUACCCCACUGCUCCCACACAGGGGCCGCAGGCUCAGCGCUGGCCUACCGGACUCAGAUAGACACUUCACCCACCAUCCUAAUGCCUACCAGUCUGCAGACCCCCCAGACCCAGGAGCAAAAUGGGAUUUUAGAUUGGCUAAGGAAGUUGCGUUUGCACAAGUACUACCCCGUCUUCAAGCAGCUCACAAUGGAAAAGUUUCUAAGCCUUACUGAAGAAGAUCUAAAUAAAUUUGAAUCCCUUACCAUGGGUGCAAAGAAAAAACUCAAGACUCAACUGGAGCUGGAGAAGGAGAAGUCAGAGAAGCGGUGCCUGAACCCCUCAGCCCCAGCCCCAGUCACCAACAGCGGAGUGGCACGAGUACCCCCCACCAGCCACGUGGGGCCCAUGCAAACUGUGCGAGGCAACCCCACUGCAGCACUGCGGGUGGAAGUGGAACAGACCCCUCACCAGGCAACCCGGGAAGGCAGUUCCUCCGAGUGUUCCAGCUCCUCGCCCAGCCCAAUGGGGGUACAGGCCCGGGAAGAGAGCUCAGACAGCGCUGAGGAGAACGACAGACGUGUGGAGAUUCAUUUGGAGGGCUCCUCUGAUAAGGAGAAGCCUGUAAUGCUACUGAACCACUUUACUUCAAGUUCUGCCAGACCCACAGCCCAGGUCCUCCCCGUACAGAAUGAGGCAGGCUCCAACCCACCAGGACACCAUGCCCUGCCUCCACAGUUGAUGCCAGCGGCCUCACACCUAGCACCCAUCCGCAUGCUCAACUCCAUGCACAAAUCGGAGAGGGGGGGUGCAGACAUGAAACUCCUCUCUUCCUCUGUGCACUCACUGCUGUCGCUUGAAGACAGGAACAAAGUCUCUGGACCAAGAAGUGGCAUGAAAGUGGACAAGAGCUUUGGCAAUGCCAUGAUGGACGUGCUACCAACGUCCUCCCCCCAUCAACCCAUGCAGGUCCUCUCUGGACUUAACGAGAGCAGUUCCAUGUCCCCCACUGUUUCCUUUGGUCCCCGGGCCAAAGUGGUUCACGCAGCGGCACUGGACAGAGUAAUGAAGCCAACCCAGCCACCGGCCCUGGUGGUAGAGACAAGCAGCACAGCCUCGGGGACAUCCAGCACAGUCUUCCAUGUGGCUCGACCACCCAUCAAACUGCUGGUGUCUUCAUCUGUCCCUGCAGAUUCUGCCAUUUCUGGGCAAACUUCCUGCUCUAAUAAUGUGCAGAUAAGUGUGCCCCCUGCAAUAAUCAACCCCCGGACUGCUCUGUACACAGCCACCACCAAAGCUGCCUUCCCUGCCAUGGGGCCCCUGCAAGGCAGCUUCUGUGCCAACAGCAGCACUGCCUCCUCCAGCAGCCACCCCUCUUCAUCCUUUGCAAACAUGGCCUCAGUACCCAGCUGCCCAGCUCCCAGCUCCAGUCCUGCACUCUCCUCCAUCCCUGACAGCAGCUUCUAUAGCAGCAGCAGUGGCAGCUCCCCUGGGAACAUUCCUGCCUCUAGUCAAAACCACCAUCACCACCACCACCAUCAGCAACAGCCUGCAGCCCAGCAGCCCACACCUGCCCCACCACCUGGCUGCGUAGUAUGUACAUCAUGUGGCUGUAGCGGGAGCUGUGGCUCAAGUGGCCUGACUGUCAGCUAUGCCAACUAUUUCCAGCACCCAUUCUCGGGGCCAUCAGUGUUUCCCUUCCCAUUCCUUCCCUUCAGCCCGGUAUGUAGUGGUGGCUACGUAGGCACACAGCAGUAUGGCAGUGGCACUUUCCCUGUUGUGCACUCACCCUAUAGUAGCAAUGUGCCACCGGAACCUGUGUUGGGCAGCCAGUCCACCUUUGCCGUGCCCCCAAUGCAGAACUUCAUGGCAGGGGCAGCGGGUGUGUAUCAGGCCCAAGGAUUAGUAGGCAGUAGCAAUGGUUCCAGUCACAAAAAGAGUGGGAAUCUCUCGUGUUACAAUUGUGGGGCCACCGGUCAUCGUGCUCAGGACUGCAAGCAGCCAUCCAUGGACUUCAAUCGCCAAGGUACUUUUAGGUUGAAAUAUGCCCCUCCAGCAGAAAGUCUGGACUCCACAGAUUGAUAUUUUUCUCUGGCAACAGAACACUAUUAAGCCAUGGAGACAAUAAGGAAAAUUAAAUACAAAACUGAGAAGUCUAGUUGCUAUUGAGCUUAAUAUUUUUUAAUCCAAAGGUGCUUUACUUUACUAGACUGGAUAGAAACUCUAGCGUAGGAGUGCAUCAAACUCGGUUUUAUUGCCAAAAUCCUAGAUUGGAGCUUGAUGUCAGGACUUGCCUAGCAGGUUUCUUCAUGGUGGGUGGAAUCAGCCACCUGCCUGUGGUGGCAAUGCAGAGACCGUCUUUUCUGAAGAGCAUUGUCACCAUCGGUCCUUCUAGGCUCACACAUUAAUUCCAGGGCAGCUACAAGAAGGAAGCAAGAGCUGAAGGUUGGAUUUCUCCAAACGGAGUGCCACCAGUUGGACUCUUGACACCCCUGGGUGAGGGACAGUGUCGUCUUUGUUUCAUUUUGUUUUAUUCCUAAAGUGGUCAGGCACUAAUAUCUGGGCUUUUUAAGGAUUGCACUACAGAAGAAUGUAAACUGAUGUCAAUCUCCACAGUGCAAGACACUCAGAGAAUUUGUUUUCAAAGAGUUGGCACCAGCAGGCUACAUGAUUAGUACACAACAGAGAUUUAGUAUUUCCUUCCCUCUUUAAAACACUUGUAGCAGUUUCAGGUUUAAUUUUUUUCUGCAAAUAAAAUUAAACUACAUUAUUAAAUAGAAAUAGCUACUCGCACAACUUAAUUUCUAAGGGUCCAAGUCCCAGAGAAUCCCUAGUCAUCAAAGCUUUGAGAGUCCUUUCCUUCUGGGCCCUUCAAUAGUAGCUUUGAGUCCUGUCAUCUUCCAAGCAAAGGAACUCUUGCAGACGGGUAGGACACGGCCUUUGUGAUUCAACUCUGGUGGAUGCUACACAUCCUUAGCAAAGUUGGCAAGUUCUUUUAUCUCACAUGGACCUACUAAGGACCCCAAGACUCACUGCUAACAGAUUAACACUUUGAGACAGACAUUUCAACAAGAAUAUAGUCCUAUAGUUUAUGAGCAAAAUAUUAAAAAUCUUUUCUCAACUUUCUUAUAUCAGGCUGUGUCUUAGUAGUUUUAUUAAAAAUUACUGGAAAACUACAGUAGAAAGUGGUAAGGCCCUGAAAGAGACCACGCCAACAGGACAGAGCUACAAGAUCUGCAGAAGUCUAGUUUUAUCAAGGUGGGAAGUUAAGUCCUCACCACACAGCUCUCAAUUCCCCCAACUCAGAGCUUUUUGGUCUGAAAUUUAGGGACUUCAGUCUUCAAGACUAAAGGGAAUCUUCUGCUCAAAUACUGUCAAUUUAAAUGGAAAGCCUCCAAUAUUAAAAUAUCGAUUGGCAGGGUCUUGCCCAGGGAUUUUUCCAGUUGAAUAAGAAAGGAAAUUACAAUAUUCAGACCAUACUUAAAAUGGGACAAUCAACCUCAUGAAAAACUGGUAUAAAUCAACAUAAUGCCCUAGAACUUGAGGCAUUAUGAGUGAAGCUUCAAAUUUUUGAGAUCCGUUUCCUGGCUUUACAGAAACAAAGCAGAACGUUGUUACAUUUUUAUUUUAUUUUAUAAAAAGGUUUUUAGUAGAGUUUUAUUUUAGUAGAGUUUCAUUUCUAUGCAAUGCAGAAUUGACAGACCUCUGUAUUCUCUCUUCCUGGUACACAGUAUUACAUACAGUUUUGAAGUAAAUGGUGAUGCUUGUAACAGCUUUUGGGGGGAAUGUUACAUUGAUCUCUUAAAUUAUAAACACUACAAAAUGUCAGAAUAAUGAGAAUUGACACAACUUUGCCUUAAAGAGUACUAGACUGGAACAUGUCAUGUUAUGUUUAAGGAAGACUUCGAGUGUUCAUUGAUGUUUACGAUUUUAAUAUUUCUGAAGGCCGUUACAGUGGCCUGGAUAUGUGCUGAAAGCCAAACUUUUAAAUUUUUUGGUUUUUUAAACAAAGAAAUAUUUUAAAUAAUUCCUACUUCAACAUAGUGAAAUUAUUGAAAACUAUCUCAUACAUAACAAAAGAAAAUCACAUUUAGGUUUGUUUUAGUGGUCAGUGUUGGGGAAUGAAAGUCUUAUCAGUACCCUUAUAGCUAUUUUGAUAAAUAUCAAGAGUUUUAACACUAAAUACAAAAAUUAAGUCAGAAACUUCAGUUUGAAAUUUGACAUUCUGAUUGAGGUAAAUAAGUUCAGACAUUGGCUGUGUUCCAGUCAUCAAAGGUCUUAACCCAUAGUUGUCUUUGAAAGUGCGUGUGCGAUGUGGCAUCUCCAGUGAGGCCAUUCCUUGUUGAGCACUGUGACACAUCAACACAAGACACACUCAGCUGCCAAUCUGCAAGAGCGCUUCCCAAGAAACCCAAAAUAUGAGACUUGGUAAUAUUUGCUAGCAGUAUUUGAUGGAUUUAUCUCCAAAAGUAACCAAAGUCUGUAAACUGAAAACAUUUUGCAUUUCCUCAGAUAUCAGAUCAGUUAGAAACAUAGAUCAUACUGACCCUUUUCAACUCCUUAGUCAUUUUUCUUGAAACCUUGGGCUGUUUCUGAAUGCUGUGGCAACCAGGUAGGUGUGGCACUAGCCACUUUGCUCUGUAUAGUCUGUCAUGCAUUUAAGUUUCUAACUUUUUUUUUUAAUCUCCAAGAAUGGGGAAAAGUGAAAUGUACAGAUCAAAGUAGAAUACAGUGUUGGGAUAAAGCUACUAUUUAAUUUUUUUAAGCAAAACACUCAGUUUUCUACCUUAUUUUCUAGUUUUUAUUUCAUGGUAAUGUUGGAAAGUGUUUAAAUGUUUAAAAAAAAAACUAAUUGCUAAAAAGCGCUGAGGAAAUGGAAACUAGCACUUAUAAUAAAGACAAAAUUAUUUUCUUGGAGACAUAUAUAUAUAUGUGUGUGUGUGUAUAUAUACAUAUAUAUAUAUAUGAUUGGGUAUUAAAACCAGCAUCAUCUAUAAUCUCCAAAAGAUACAGGAAUCAGUUUGUUAAUAUAGUAGUUAGUAGUUCAGUAUAUAACUAUUAGAAGUCUAGGUCCUUUAUUGUGGGAAGUCAGCAUAGUGCACACACACUACAAACUGUGGGCACAGGUGUAGUGGUUCUGCCUGGCACCAGUGGUCAUGUGUCCCCAAGUACAGGCUCACUGAGACUGUAUAUGUCCAUCCACUUCAGCGUUGCUCAGGAGGACAGCACCCUCCUCACUCCCUGUCAUCUUGUCACUUCCUACUUCCAUGGUAGAUGGUUUGAUGCCUCACUAAUUGAUAAAUGAUGGCAUUACAUGUUGAGUAACACAGUUCCUAUGGGGAACCGUGUCACUGCUCAGCUCAACCUCCUCCCAGAGGAACCUUUCCAAAGUGUAGGAGAUGCCCAGAGAAUGAGUCAGGUGACACUCAAAAGCCAUGGGUUCUGAAGAGGCUCAAUUAUCAAAAAGCCCCAAGGAAGUGAGCAUCUGUAAUCAACACUCAAAAAACUAUGUACUGUGCUGGCUGAAGCCAAAGGUCAGUGUUGCUGCACUGUUAAGGGAGGAGGGGGAGCACAGCCAUCAGGCCUGGACUGUGUCUCACCUCUCACAUGCUCAUGUUCUCACAUGCACAAAGACAAAGGCUUUGGUACUGAAACUGAAAACCUCAUAUACUCAAGAAUCUUCACAGCUUCUAUUGGACAUAUUUUCUUUUUAGGAAUGAAGGAAAUUUCUCCCAUUUUUGAGCCAUUCUUUUAUGUCAAUUCUACAAAAUUGCAUGUAACUUUAUAAAUAUUUUUAAAAGAUAUAGUUUUGUAAAUAUUUAAUAUUCUGCUAAUUUGAUUUUGAAUUGUAAAUGUCAAGUAUUCUGUUUUUGGGGUUUUUAUGUUUUAUUAUACUUUGUUAAAAAGGAAAAAUUGUACAUUUUUAGAAUGUUUUUAUGAGUAAAUUUAAUGUACUGAAAAUAAAAAUUGUAAAAAAGGCU